CUUUGGAAGGAUUCAUUGCAGACUGUAUGCAUAUUCCACGGACAGUUGGCUUCUGUGAAGAGAGAGAUAAAUAGAGUCAGCAGUGAUUGCAAUCUUUUCUCCGUAAGCAAUGUUAAUGCUGAUGAUGCUUCCUCCAUUGAAAAUGUUUCAGCGGAUAUAAUUUCUACUGUAGAAUUUAACCAUUCUGGAGAAUUACUAGCAACAGGAGACAAAGGAGGUAGAGUUGUCAUCUUUCAACAGGAGCAGGAGAACAAAAUCCAGUCUCUCAGCAGAGGGGAAUACAAUGUUUACAGUACUUUUCAAAGCCAUGAACCAGAAUUUGACUACUUGAAAAGUUUAGAAAUUGAAGAAAAGAUCAACAAAAUUAGGUGGUUACCCCAGAAAAAUGCUGCUCAGUUUUUAUUGUCUACAAACGAUAAAACAAUAAAGUUAUGGAAAAUUAGUGAAAGGGACAAAAGACCGGAGGGCUAUAACUUGAAGGAAGAAGAUGGGCGGUAUAGGGACCCUUCUACAGUUACAACACUACGGGUGCCAAUAUUCAGACCCAUGGAUCUUAUGGUUGAAGCCAGUCCACGAAGAAUAUUUGCAAAUGCUCACACGUAUCACAUCAACUCUAUCUCCAUCAAUAGUGAUUAUGAAACAUACCUAUCUGCAGAUGACUUGCGGAUUAAUCUGUGGCACCUAGAAAUUACAGACAGAAGUUUUAAUAUUGUAGAUAUUAAGCCUGCCAACAUGGAAGAGCUGACAGAGGUGAUAACAGCUGCAGAGUUCCAUCCUAACAGCUGUAACACAUUUGUAUACAGCAGUAGUAAAGGAACAAUUCGUCUGUGUGACAUGAGAGCAUCGGCACUCUGUGACAGACAUUCGAAAUUGUUUGAAGAACCAGAAGACCCUAGCAACAGAUCGUUUUUCUCUGAAAUCAUCUCUUCCAUAUCUGACGUAAAAUUCAGCCAUAGUGGUCGAUAUAUGAUGACUAGAGAUUAUCUGUCAGUGAAGAUCUGGGAUUUAAAUAUGGAAAACAGACCUGUGGAAACAUACCAGGUGCAUGAAUACCUCAGAAGUAAACUUUGCUCUCUGUAUGAGAAUGACUGCAUUUUUGACAAAUUUGAGUGCUGUUGGAAUGGAUCGGACAGUGUUGUCAUGACGGGAUCUUACAACAAUUUCUUCAGAAUGUUUGACAGAAACACAAAGCGAGACAUCACCUUAGAAGCAUCACGGGAAAAUAAUAAACCCCGCACCGUUUUGAAGCCCCGCAAAGUCUGUGCGAGUGGCAAGCGAAAGAAGGAUGAAAUUAGCGUUGACAGCCUAGACUUCAACAAGAAGAUACUACAUACAGCCUGGCAUCCCAAGGAAAAUAUCAUUGCUGUAGCUACUACAAACAACUUGUAUAUAUUUCAAGACAAAGUGAAUUAGGGUUGGCAUUCCUAACAGAAGAGUCCACUUCCUGCAUAGUUGAGAUAGUUGAGUCUAGCAUUUGUACCUGUAAAUGAAAGAGAAUAAAAGAGAGAGGUCCAUUGUGGCACCCCUUUCCAGUGUUUAAAAAUGUGCCAUAUGACACACUUUUUUUUAGCUACAUGGAGAAAGCUCUGUUGAUCCAUCACAGUGGUGUUCUCCAUGUUUGCUAGCCAUUUAGGUGAGGGUAGGGCACUUUUUAAUUUAAUGACUACUUGCACCAUCUUGCCUAAUGGACUAGAUUGGACUGUAUCAACAUUGGUUUACUCCACUUUUUAUGCCUUCCAUUGUGAUGACGUCAAACACAGGGAAAGCCUUCAGUCAUGCUAUGGGAUUUAAUUGUGUAACCUCAUUACUGUAUCAUUUGUGGCCCUUUUUUUAUUAAAUGCAGCUCAUUCUUGCUGUGGCUUGUAGCAUUCCUCCUCCUGGACUCCCCCUUCCCCCCCUUCAUUCCCUCCACCCAUCCCUGGUGGUGGCGUAUAGAAAAAAAUGAAAUAAAGCACAUGAAAUGGGUCAGUUUGGGGUCAGUGGUAAAAGGGGUCUAUGUUGCGAACAAAUGUUUUAAUAAGCAGUUGACUGUAAUCACUCCUUGCCAUGUUUGGCACCAAAAAAGAGAGAAUAAGGAAGAACAAAAAAAAACUACUGAAUAAAAGUGACAAAGAAUGAA